AACCAGGAUGAUUGGGAAGCAGCAGUGAGGACAGAGAGAGGAAGCCCAGAACUGCUGAGCUAAGGGUCCCUGGACUGGAACUUAGAGAAGAGGGUGAGCCUGAGUUGCCCUACCAGCCACCAAGGGCAUAGCCAAGACAGGAGGCAAUGAAUGAGAAGACUGCCUAGGCCUGCUGACAGACUGUACCCUGGAAGGGGGAACACUGAGUGACCUAGCUGAAGGGCUGAGUCACAAAGAGGAUGCUGCAGGCCCAGGAGGGAGAGAAGCUGUAGACCAGAGUCUGAGUGACAGUAUGCAAAUUGCACACAGGGUGUUGGCCUUGAGAGCUAAUUCCCAGAAUGACCCGGAGGAGGUGCCAAACUAGCGGGGCAAUUUUUGAUGAAUCUGCCAAAAAGGAUGAGGAGGUGUUUCGUAUGGCAGUUGCUGACCUCAACCAGAAUGAUGAAAUCUUACAGACAGAGAAAAUCACGUGUUCUGUGACAUUUGUGGAUGGCAACAACCCAUUUCAGGCCGUUCAAGAAGCAUGCGACCUUAUGAACCAAGGCAUCCUGGCCCUUGUCAGCUCCAUUGGCUGUACGUCGGCGGGAUCCCUGCAGUCCUUGGCAGAUGCCAUGCACAUCCCUCACCUCUUCAUCCAGCGUUCAACAGCUGGGACUCCAAGAAGUGGCUGUGGCCUUACCAGGAGCAAUCGAAAUGAUGACUACACACUGUCUGUCCGCCCACCCGUCUAUGUAAAUGAUGUUAUAUUGAGGGUGGUCACGGAAUAUGCCUGGCAGAAGUUCAUUAUUUUCUAUGAUAAUGAGUAUGAUAUCCGUGGAAUACAAGAAUUUUUGGACAAAGUAUCUCAGCAGGGAAUGGAUGUAGCACUGCAGAAGGUAGAGAAUAACAUCAAUAAAAUGAUCACAGGGCUCUUUGCCACCAUGCGAAUAGAAGAACUGAACCGCUACCGGGACACUCUGAGACGGGCCAUUCUUGUAAUGAACGCAUCAACAGCCAAGUCCUUCAUUACAGAAGUUGUGGAGACUAAUUUGGUUGCUUUUGACUGUCACUGGAUCAUUAUAAAUGAGGAAAUAAAUGAUGUGGAUGUGCAGGAGCUAGUGAGAAGGUCAAUUGGAAGGUUAACAAUUAUUCGACAGACAUUUCCAGUCCCACAGAAUAGCAGUCAACGCUGUUUCCGUGGCAACCACAGAAUAUCUUCAUCACUGUGUGAUCCGAAGGACCCUUUCUCCCAGAACAUGGAGAUUUCGAACCUCUACAUAUAUGACACUGUGCUUUUGUUGGCUAAUGCUUUUCAUAAGAAGCUAGAGGACCGGAAGUGGCACAGCAUGGCUAGCCUGACUUGUAUCAGAAAGAAUUCCAAACCUUGGCAAGGAGGGCGAUCUAUGCUGGAUACCAUCAAGAAGGGUGGAGUGAAUGGCUUGACUGGAGAACUGGAAUUUGCAGAAAAUGGGGGGAAUCCGAAUGUCCAUUUUGAAAUUCUAGGGACCAAUUAUGGAGAAGAUCUUGGCAGAGGCAUCCGCAAGCUUGGCUGCUGGAAUCCUCUCACUGGUCUGAAUGGGUCACUAACAGACAGAAAACUGGAAAACAACAUGCGUGGGGUGGUUCUGCGUGUGGUGACUGUGCUGGAGGAGCCAUUUGUGAUGGUGUCCGAAAAUGUUUUGGGAAAACCGAAGAAAUACCAGGGUUUCUCAGUAGAUGUCUUGGAAGCCUUAGCUAAUUACCUUGGCUUUAAAUAUGAAAUUUAUGUUGCACCAGAUCACAAGUAUGGAAGCCCCCAGGAGGAUGGGUCAUGGAAUGGACUGAUCGGAGAACUAGUAUUUAAGAGAGCCGACAUAGGGAUUUCUGCUUUAACCAUUACCCCUGAUCGGGAAAAUGUGGUAGAUUUCACAACCCGUUACAUGGACUACUCAGUGGGUGUGCUGCUUCGAAAGGCUGAGAAGACAGUGGACAUGUUCGCCUGUUUGGCACCAUUUGACCUCUCCCUGUGGGCCUGCAUAGCUGGCACUGUGCUUCUGGUAGGACUACUGGUCUACCUUUUGAACUGGCUCAACCCACCACGCCUGCAGAUGGGAUCAAUGACUUCUACAACACUGUACAACUCCAUGUGGUUCGUUUAUGGAUCCUUUGUGCAGCAAGGAGGAGAAGUUCCUUAUACAACACUGGCAACCCGAAUGAUGAUGGGCGCCUGGUGGCUUUUUGCUUUGAUUGUCAUCUCAUCUUACACAGCAAAUCUAGCAGCUUUUCUCACAAUCACUCGCAUUGAGAACUCCAUCCAGUCUCUCCAGGAUCUCUCCAGGCAGACGGAUAUUCCUUAUGGCACUGUCUUGGACUCUGCAGUCUAUGAGCAUGUUCGAGUGAAGGGGAUGAAUCCUUUUGAGAGGGACAGCAUGUAUUCUCAAAUGUGGCGGAUGAUUAACAGAAGUAACGGCUCAGAGAAUAAUGUGCUGGAGUCACCAGCAGGCAUUCAGAAGGUGAAAUACGGGAACUACGCCUUUGUGUGGGAUGCAGCAGUUCUGGAAUACGUGGCCAUCAAUGAUCCAGACUGCUCCUUUUACACAGUUGGGAACACUGUCGCAGACAGGGGAUAUGGAAUUGCACUCCAGCAUGGCAGCCCCUACAGAGAUGUCUUCUCGCAAAGGAUUUUAGAACUUCAGCAAAAUGGAGACAUGGAUAUACUGAAGCAUAAAUGGUGGCCAAAGAAUGGUCAGUGUGACCUAUACUCAUCAGUGGAUACCAAACAGAAAGGAGGCGCCCUGGACAUAAAGAGCUUUGCAGGGGUGUUUUGUAUCCUGGCUGCUGGGAUUGUCCUCUCCUGUUUCAUUGCAAUGCUGGAAACAUGGUGGAAUAAAAGGAAAGGCUCCCGGGUUCCAUCAAAAGAGGAUGACAAGGAAAUUGACCUGGAACAUCUUCAUAGACGUGUUAACAGCCUCUGCACAGAUGACGACAGCCCCCAUAAACAGUUUUCCACCUCAUCAAUUGAUUUGACCCCACUGGACAUUGACACGUUGCCCACACGCCAAGCACUGGAGCAAAUCAGUGACUUCAGGAACACUCAUAUCACCACGACAACCUUCAUACCAGAACAGAUCCAGACUCUUAGCCGUACGCUGUCAGCUAAAGCCGCUUCUGGUUUCUCCUUUGGCAACAUGCCUGAGCACCGAACUGGCCCUUUUAGGCACAGGGCACCUAACGGGGGCUUUUUCAGAAGUCCUAUCAAAACAAUGUCAUCUAUCCCAUACCAACCAACUCCUACUCUGGGGCUCAAUAUCGGUAAUGACCCAGAUCGAGGCACCUCCAUAUGAGCUUCAGACCAAGCUUCUUCAUUGUUUCUUUUUAGGACUCCCUUUGCAAGGAGCAGCUGUAAUAUUAUGGGACUAACAUGGAUGUAACUUUUU